GGUUUACUUGCCUGAAGCUCACUAGCUUUUAAAAGUAAAGCUCUAACCAAGGGUCACAUAAUUGAGAGAUAGGCACCUUAUUCACUAGGCCACCUAGAGCAACCAUUAAGACCUUAAGACGCACUUUUGUGUUAAAUUUAUUUGAAUAUUACUCAUUCAUUUACUUCUAAAUUGAGAAAAAGGCACCUUAUUGCCAGGCACAUUUACCCUUAAGACGCUCUUUGGUCACAAUUGCCUGUCUUAAAAGUAUUUGAAUUUAUUUGAAUUACAAAUUACUUUAUUUGUCUUUUUCUUCUUCAUUAGUUACAGUAAAUAGUGGAGUCCAUGACAAUUCAAUAUAUGGACAGCUAAAGGUUUCCGGAAGCGGAAACAGUACACAUCGUCACGUGCUUCCUUUAACAACACAAGCCGUCACCAAGAAACAAAAGUACCGAGGUUUAUGCGACCAAUGGUUUGAAGACUCGUUGAAGAAAAAUCUGGAACAUAUCGCUCGAUACCCACGUGGACUGGCUGACAAAUACAUGUAUAUCAUUGCCGAAAAUCGGUCAGAACCAAAGACCAUGUCUGAAACAUUCCCAGUCGUUGCGACUGCGGCAAGUAGCGGAUUUUAUCGUAUCUCGCAAGGGUUGAUAAAAUCUGUCUAUGAGAUAUUGUUGCCAAAAUACAAAAAUAUCAAAAUAGUCUACUAUGACAUGGGACUCAAUGAUAACCAAAAAGUGCAGUUGGAGACCCACUGCAAGAUUUGUGAAGUGAGGAGUUUUCCAUUUGCAAAAUUCCCCGGACAUUUUAAAAGGCUAAAAACUUAUGCUUGGAAACCUAUAAUAGUAAAGACAUUAUUGAUGGAAUAUGGCUGGGUAUGGUGGGCAGACAGUUCAGUACGUUACGUCACAAGUGACGUCGAUCGCGCGUUGACCUAUAGUAAAAACAAUUCAGUCUUAUUCUUUACUUACGGUGUAGUGUUUUCAGUGGCUCAACACACCGAUGUUCAGACAAUGGAGUACCUGAAAGAAGAUCGAUGUAAAUUCCGCCAUUUUGGUGAAGUUGAAGCAACAUUUGUGCUGUUUCAUUUUGAUGACGUCACACAUACUGUAGUAGAUGUGUGGGCUGCGUGCGCAUUAAAUGAAAACUGUAUAGCUCCUGAAGGCACUCACCUGAAGUUAUCUUGUCGGAUAAGCAAAACAUCUGAUGGAAGGUGUCACAGAUUUGAUCAGGCAGUUUUAAGCAUUUUACUACGUAGACUGUAUCAUGAGAAAAAUGAUUACCCUCUAGUUUCAACACCAUUUCAUAUCCACGAAAUAAAACGCGGCAAUGCUAUAUCAUACUUCCCGAAAUGAAUAUUUC